GCAGCAACCGGAAGCAUGCAGCUGUCAGUUAUGAAACAGACCAACGCUGCAGUUCGUAUGGAACAAAACACGACUGGUCUGCAAGUCAUUUCAUUCAUUCCUAUGAGGUGAUCACUGUUUGAGAGCAGAAUGGAUGCUGCCGGUCCCAGCUCAGAACAAAGUCCCAAACCCGAGCUUUCUGCAGCGAUGCGAGCUAAAAUCGAGCGGAACCGGCAGCGGGCGUUGAUGUUGCGGCAAGCCAGACUAGCGAGCCGCCCUUUGUCCGCUGUGGAUGGCGCAACCUCGGCCAAAAUCUCCAAGACCAUCGACUCCGGUGCCGGCUUCUUCAUCGAGGAGGAGGAAGGCGGAGAGGAAGAGCUGAGGACCAAGAAGGUUGUGCAUCAGCCAGCUCCAGUGAUUGAGCCGGACUACCUGAUGUGCGAUGAUUGUCAAAAACCGUUCAUGGACUCGUACCUCAGCAACAGCUUUGACCGUGUCUGUGACAAGUGCAGAGACAACGAAGAGAAGCAUAAGCUAAUUUCCAGAACUGAGGCCAAGCAGCACUACCUGCUGAAGGACUGCGACCUGGACAAGAGAGAACCUCCGCUCAGGUUUAUACUGAAGAAAAACCCUCAUAACCCACGCUGGGGAGACAUGAAGCUCUACCUCAAACUACAGGUGGAGAAUAGGUGUAUGGAGGUGUGGGGUUCAGAGGAGGCUCUGGAGGAGGCCAGAGAAGCGAGGGAGGAGAACAAAGAGGUGCAGACAAAACGCUUCAACAAGAAGGUCAAAGAGCUGCGCAGGGCGGUGAGGAGUAGCAUGUGGACCAAAGACAUCAGCGGUCACCAACAUCAGUAUGGACCAGAGGAGGUGGUGGAUCCAGAGGAGGACCUCUAUAGGAAAACCUGCACCACCUGCGGGCAUGAACUCACCUACGAGAAGAUGUAGAUACACACUAAGACUGACUUUUUAACCUACAAGAGGAUGUUUGGUGCUUCUGCAGGGAACCAUGCCUCUCCUCCAGUCGUACUUUAUUUUUCUACGUGGUAUUUGUUUGUAUAGCUCAUUAAUACACUCCAUCCUGAUCACAUGCAAGAGGCCAACAUCACUGUCCUGUGUGUCACACACAGGCUUUUG